UAUUAGUACGUUUUUAAUUAAAAACUGAUCAGCAAAUAAAUAAAUCAUGAUGAAUAAAAAGAUAUCGUUUAUUUUAAUUUUAUCCGUUUGUCUGACGUUUAAUACAAACUACGCUGCUGCUUACACACGAGCUGUCGUAGAGAGUUGCUCGGGCUGCUCAUUGAACCGCUUGCCUGACGUUAAGAAAUUUAUUUUCCAGGACCUUCCGGACUAUAACAACGUCGAGUUUAAACAUAUCGCCGGGGCCAAACCCGAGUUGGUUCUCUAUGACAACGAUCUAGAAAUAGAACGACUUGAACUAUCAAAGUUAACCAGAGACGAAUGCAAUGAUCUGCUCGUUACAAAAGGGUUCAAGCGCAAAGUAAACGCACGAGAUGAAAUUUAAAAAAUUUGAUAAUUAAUAAAAAAAUAUUUUACUUGUA